UCCUCCCCGAGAGAACGUCAGUAUAUUAUGACGUCACAUGGUAUAAACUGUACACCCGCGCGCUCUGAAGAUCACUUCAGUUCAGUGAGACUCCGAGCAGAAGCGAAGACGUUCACCUGAGCAGAGCCUCGAAGUCUAUCAAGACGGACAGUUGACAAAAAUUCAGCAAGUUUGACAGCGACACAGUCAACACGCGUUUCUCCUGCUUUUGAGUCAGUGGAGCUCUACUUCAGCAGCUCAGUGUCAGCAGAUGUUCAGCUGAUAUUGAGUGACUCUCCACAGACAGCUGGAGGAAAAAGCUCUUCAGAACAACAGGCUUCUCCCACAGCAGCCGCUAUGGAGAACCGCUCAACAGAAAAACAAACCAGAAAGAGGAAGACAAAACGCAUCCAUGCAUUCUUCCGGCGAAUUGGGAAGACUUUAAAGCUUUGCACCCUACACUGCUACGGGGACGAUAUAUUGUCCCCAUUUCCAUCCGAUGAUCCAGCAGAUCUCCAGCCACGUUUAUCUGGCCUUGAAUGGGCGUUAUCAAUCGAUCCAUGUCCAUCUGGUUUGGAGCUGACAGUUAACACCAAUCCGGCUGAUCCUGAUGGGUCAUUGGUCUCAGAACCAUCCAGUCUUGAGGUGAUAUCUGACAGUGAUCAGGCUGAUCCAGAGCCAUCACCUGUCCCAGGUCAAUCCAGCCUCGAUUUAAAGUUAACACUGGAUCCAGGUCUAUCCAAACUGGUUUCUGAGACAAUGAAUGUCCCAGGACUAUCUAGUCUUGAUGUAACACCUGAACCAAGUCUAUCCAGUAUUGAGAUGAAACCGGACAUGGAUCUAACCGAGCCCAAGCCAUCAUCUGUCCCAGGUCCAUCUGGUUUUGAGGCAGCUAUUGAACAACAAUCAACAAAGAGGAAGAAGAAAGGCAUCUGUGCAUUCUUCCGCCGAACAUGGAGGGUUGUUAAGUGUGCUGCUCUCUGUGGCCAAAGGGGCAACAAAGUGGCUCCAGAUCCAUUUGCCAUUGACCCAGUGGCUCAACAGGAAAAUUCAGAUCUCCAGCCAGAUUUAUUCAGACUUGAGUGGCUGACACUUAAUGCUGAGCCAACAUAUCUGGAGCCAUCACCUGUCCCAGGCCCAUCCAAACUGAAUAAUGAGCCAAUGCCUGCCCCACAUCAGUCUGGUUAUGAGCCACCUGUUGAAAAACAAAGAAAAAUCAGGAUGAAGAAAGACAUCCGAGCAUUCUUCCAGCGAACAUGGAGGACUGUUAAGUUUCCCUCCUUGGCCCCAGAUUCAUGUCGAGUUGAGCCAGUAGUUCAUUGGGAUCAAGUGGACCUCCAGCCAGGUCUAUCUGGUCCCUUGUGGUUGUCAAGGAAUGAUCCAGGUCCUUCUUGUUUCGAGGUGACAGUCAUGGCCAACCAAAAUCCACCUGAUUCUAAGCCAGAUCCAUUCAGCCUCCAGUCACACUUAACACUUGACCCAGGCCCAGCUGGUCUUGUAGUUGAGUUGACGUCUGUCCCAGGACCAUCCAGUCAGGAGAUAAUGCCAGUCUAUGGGUCUGACAUGGGUCUGGAUGUUCCUGAGCUAAAACCCAUUCCAGGUUCCAGUCUCGUUCUGACAGCUGCUGUGGAUCUGAUUGAUCCCGAGCCGUCAUCUGCCUCUGGUUCAUGCAGCUGCAGGCGGACACCUGACACUGAUCUGGACAAUUCUAAACAAAAACAUGUCCCAGUCCUAUCUGGUUUUUGGCCAACUGCAGCAAAAUUUUCCUCCCGUUAUGAUGUGGGACGGAAGUUGGGACAGGGAGGUUUUGGCUCUGUGUAUAAGGGGACUCACAGAUUUAGUGGACGGAAGGUUGCUAUCAAAUUUCUACCUAAGAAUCUCUGGAACAGCUUAAUUAAUGUGCCUGGAUCUACAGAACCUCUGCUGUCAGAAGUGGUUAUGAAUGUGAUGGUGUGCGCACCUCCGAAAAGCCCCUACAUUGUACAAAUGAUCGAGUGGUUUGAUCAGACACAUCAGUUCGUCAUAGUUAUGGAAUAUCCACAUCCAUGUCAGACCUUGCUGGAAUUUACCAUGUGCCAUGGAUGUUGUCUGGAUGAAUCUGUGGCACGUGGUUUAAUGCGGCAAGCGGUGCUUGCAGCCAAACACUGCAUUGAACGGGGCAUCUUACACAAUGACAUCAAGACGGACAACAUGCUGGUCAACACAGAGACACUGCAGCUCAAACUAAUAGACUUCAGCUGUAGCAAACGUAUUAACAUGUCUUGCUCUGAAGAUCAUCAACAGGCGGUUGGAUCAACAGUCUGGUCUUUGGCUAUGGUACUUUUGGAGAUAGUAAACGGAGACCAGCCCAUGAGUGUUUUGCAGAAAGCACGUCAUCCUUUGAUACCAAAUUUCUCCAGUGCUCCCUCUUUAAUCAUGGGAAAUUUGAAGUACAUGCGCUUCUCCAGUCCGAAGAUAUCGGUGAAAGUUUUUUCCCAAGGUAAGUUUUUCACUUCACCACAUCUCUUCCACAAUGAAUAGCUUGUCAUCCUUACAUGACUGUUAAAGGUAACUUACAUUUUGGUAAACCUUAAUCUGUGCCAUGCAAUGUCAUAAAAUCUAGAGAAAUGUUUGAGGUGGUCAGCGGGGUACAUUUGAGACAGGAUGUAUCAAAUGUACCCGCACUAGAAUCCUAUUGCGGCACAUGCAGUUUAGUUGCACAACGUAAGAUCAAAAAUUAAUAGUCACAUUCAGACAAUGUACAAAGCAAAUUAAACCAACAUUUGAUAUUUGUGAUAUUAAACUGCUUACGUCUUAUUGACAUAUUUUCUAACAUGUAGAUAAGGAUAUUAGGGCAUAUCGUAAAGUAUGCAAGGUGGUAAAUGGGUACAGUUGAUACACCAGAGUUCAUUUAAGUGAAUAACAUUUAAAUCUGUUUGUUUGGACAGACGGACUAAAACCCAGCUAACAAAAAAAGGUCCCCAGGACGUCCCCCGGACGUUUUGUGGCACUGUCUCCUUCUCCUUCGGUGGUCAUGGCCACUAAUUUCGUGGAAGCAUGCAACGUUGAAAGAUGUUUGAGAGCAGCUAUGAAGAAUCCCGUGCUUCCGUCGCCAACUGAAGCAGAGGCUGAAAAACACAUUAAGGAUUAUCUCCGCUUGGCCCCAGGGAGAAUGCCUUGUUAGUCAACUUGCUUUUUUGUUGUUUGUUUGUUUGGUUCAGGAUUAAAAUAAUAAUAAUAAUAACAUAAACAACUGCUUAUUUUCAUUCACCGUUAA